AUUGGAUUUAGCACAUGUGACUGUAACCUUGCCGCUAUUUUAGAGAACUUUUGAAGGUCAUGUCUGUCGGAAAACAGGAUGGGGUCAGAUGAUAUAGGCGUCCUGAGUUUCCGCUCCAUUUGUAAAUAUGAUGUGAUAAAGUUGCAGUCACUUUAUGAGGAAUGCUUCCCAGUCAGCUAUCCGUCCUCCUGGUUUCAGGAUCUCCUGGAUAAUUCGUCUCUCAUAUCUAUUGCAGCAGUUUCAGGCGAUGACUUAGUUGGCAUCUUGGUAGGGACAGUAACGACCUUGGGAAGCUGUAGUGCUGAUGAUUACAAAUUACUUGCAUCGAGUUUUCCACUUUCGACAGGAGUCGCAUACAUACUUAGUUUAGGUGUCACGUCAUCAUUCAGGUCCAGAGGUGUUGCAUCUAUUUUAUUGAGAUCAUUUAUUGGUUAUGUGUCUGGUGAAAAUAUGGAUUGGUUAAACGAUUCUAAUCAUCAAGUUGAUUUAUCUUGUUCAGAUCUAUUCAGUCAAACUGUGAAUGGGAAUCUAGAUCACCAUAGAAAUGGAGAGCAUUGUUAUUCUGACAGCAAUGUAUCAACUGAGUGUAGCGAUACAUCUCCAUCUACAAUUUGGCGUGUCAAAGAUUAUAAAUCUUUAUACAAUCUAAUUACACAAUUACCACAUGUCUCUCCUGUACGAGCUGUUUAUCUUCAUGUAUUACAUAGUAAUCUACAUGCAAGACGUUUCUAUGAAAAUCGUGGUUUUAUUUGUCUUCAUGUACGUCCUGGUUGUUAUACAAUUGAUGGUAGAUCUGCUGAUGGUUGUACAUAUGUUCUUCAUACAAAUGGUGGACAUUUAGAUUGUAAACCAAUAAACUGUAAUUUAAACACUCUAUAUGAAUAUUUCAAUGAUUAUUCAGUAGUAUGUUAUCUAAGAUGGAUGAUUCGUUUGUUCUCUCAAUCAGGAUUUACUAUUUUGUAUAAAUUACGUAGAUUUUCACAUUAUCUUUAUGAUACCCCUUUAACAUUUUUACAUUAUUAUAUACAUAAUAAUCAAAAGCAGGAAUAUAUUAAUCAUAUUCCUUCUUCUUCUUCGUAUCCAAUUUCAUCUUGUUUACCGCAACACUUCACUGAGUAUUCUAUUCCAGAUACCGCAUCGACAUCAUUAUCAUCAUCAUUGCGUGUUUCUUCAGAUUCACCUGUUCUAGAUCAUAAGUGAUAUACCUUCUAUUUGAUUAAUUUAAUGCAUGAAAUUAUGUCAAUCAUAAUAGUACAUAUAUAUGCUGUAAAGUUUUCAGUCUAGUAGGAGAUUUAUUUUCAAGAUUCUCGUUUGAUUUACCUUCAUUUUAUUUAGACAACCGUCAUGUUCUACAUAUCUUCUCUUCCUUUAUUCAUUUACUGUUAGUCCAUGCUUUACUGGUUAUACAUGUGAUACUUUAUGGAUACAUUUUUCUCCUGGACAAUUAAUCAAAUGAUCUUGUGCAACUUAGAUAUGUACACAACCCUAUGAAAGACUACUACUUCUUCUUUGUUUUCUUUUCCACGACCUAAUAGCAUCAACUAAUUGGUUAUAAUGAGACUGUGAUGAUGUUUGUUAGUUUUUGUGUUACUCUUUGGAAAAUUUUCAAACUUGGAAAAGUUCCAUAUCUGUUUUCUUAAUUGAUUAAUGAUAUUGAAUCCUUGUUGUUGUUGUUGUUGUUGUUAAGUUGGUCGUAUUCUUCAUUUCAUUAUGUUUAUAUAUGUAAGUAAUAUGUCAUGUUGUUGAGAGCUUUGUCAAAUAAAACUAACUGACCUGAUAAGCGGUUUUAAUAUGUGUGUAUGUAGGAAUGGAUGGAUAGUACAAUGGGAUUGUCCUUUCUCUCUCUUUUCUUCUCAUUUUAACGGACAUAGUAUACAAAAUAGGGAGAUUCUUCAAACCUUAUUUUAAGCAGCUGACUAGUCUCAAAUAGAACGAAAUGUGUGUUCUAAAUUCCACUGUUAACCAUUAUCCAUCUCUGUUGAUAAAGCUUAUGACCUAAGGCAAUAUCGAGGCAAUCCGCAUAUGAUGCACUUAUACUGUGCUGUGGGUUACUGAUAUCCACAUAAGUAGAAUAUGGUGGUGAUCGUGCAUUGAAUGUAUUUCAGUAGAAGAUUGAUAAGAAGAGAACGGGAACAGCACGCAAUUGGUAUGAAAAUGCAUGAACAAUUAUAAUUGGAGACUAUGGAUGGAUAUUUGCAGAAGAAACAGUCAUGAUUGAGACAAUUGAUUGUUAUUUUGCAAAUUAACUGUUCACUAUAUGGUUGUCAGAUUUUACUGAGAUAUUCUG